GGCCAGCAUAUCAAUAACAUAACGGCUCACGAAUUGUAGUAGUACAAAAAAACAUACAGACUUGGAAUGGUAAACUACAAACCUCAAAGUGUUUCAAGCAAAUGAUCUCAAGCGAGAAAACGUACGGACUUUGGGAUGAAAUAGGCGCAGUGGCGAAAUGAAGAAAUAUAACGAGACAGUGCGAGACACGCCAAUCAAGCCGUCUUCAAAUGGCUCCUGGUCGAAGUCCUUCACUUGGGGGUUUAUACUUGCGGCGAUAGUUGUGUUGGCUUUUGCGGGCGGCUUGUUAAUCGGGAAAUACGUUCUCCCGGGAUAUGCUUGUAGUCAAACCAAGGAUCUCGCUGGUAAAGAUAUCGCAGAUGUCCCAAGAGAGAGGCGGGAAGCCCCAGUAAUCCCAUCACCACCCGCGGUCACACUUGAGGACGUCCAGAACGAGAUUCGGUUUUAUUUGAAGACGGUCACCGCUAGGGACAUAUGCAAGUCUACCGAUGUCAUUUGUCAAACUGGACCAGAAGGUCCAAGUGGACCACAGGGGCCGCAAGGGGUUUCGGGUUCUCGAGGAGAAAAGGGUCAUCCUGGCAACCCUGGUCCUAAAGGAGACAUGGGCCUCGCAGGCCGCCCUGGGGCGCCAGGUCUUGAUGGCGCCACAGGGCAUCCGGGUCCGCCGGGCGAUAGAGGCUGGCAAGGAGCCCCUGGACUCACUGGAGACACAGGACUACCUGGCGACAAGGGACAAAAAGGAGACGAGGGACAAAAGGGAAACGAAGGGCCCCAAGGGCCACAAGGGUUUCGAGGUGGAUUUGGCCCUAAAGGAAGAGCAGGUCCCAAAGGCAAUGUAGGCCCUAUAGGCCCUGCGGGGCUUGUGGGGCUGCCAGGUGAAAAAGGUGCCAAGGGGGACCGUGGGCGGAGAGGCAGAAUGGGUAGCAAAGGAAGCAUGGGUCCUCCCGGGGAAAAAGGUCUUGACGGUAGACCCGGGGCAGCGUCUACAAGUAAGGGACAGCCUGGACUACCAGGGAAAGAUGGUCAGAAUGGAAAACCCGGAACCAAGGGAGACAAAGGGGACGUUGGACCGUUGGGCGUACCUGGCCUUCAAGGACCUAGAGGACUGUCUGGGAUAAACGGGCGGGACGGGGUCCCUGGGCAGAAAGGUAGACGAGGGAAACCAGGCGCCGAGGGAGAGAGCAUUAAAGGCGACAUAGGCCCUCCCGGGCUUCGUGGUAGAGAUGGUGAUACGGGGCCAAAGGGGGAGAAGGGUGCAAAAGGAGAGACCGGUAUAGGGAUUAAGGGAGAUAAUGGAUUGCAUGGUAUAAAUGGAAUUGAUGGGUUUCCUGGGAAAAAGGGUGAAGUCGGCCCUCCCGGACCACCAGGAAAAUGCGCUAAAAAAUGUUAAAAUAAGCAUUUUUAAACACUGUUGCCAACAUAAAGAGAAGCUGGGCCUUU